UUCGUCCUUGUUUGGCGCGGUUCUCGACCUUCUUGCGUAAUGACUCCAUCUAUCGACUCUAAUGUUCAAAGUCUUCCAUCGUUUGACCAACCUAUAGACCGAACCAAUAGUCCAGGGGUUUCUAGUCUAUGGCAGGAGGUUGUCUCUCGUCUUGAGGCUUCAGUUGAAAAAGAUAUUUGUUCAGAUGACCCCUUACUGGUGCUAAAAUCUAUUCGGAUUCUUCGUCAGUUUGUUGUGGCUAGUGUAAUGAAUAAAUUGGUUGUUGGCAAUAGCUCCAUUCUUCGUCCACGCCUGCUUGAUUCACUUGGUCGUUUGAAACAAUGGUCUAUGACACACAUUAAUAUAUGCAUUGAUUUAUUUGGCCUAGUCAACAGUCUAGUUCGAGAUUGUUCUUCAUUAUCAGAAGAUAUUCUUAAUCAUACGGAAUUGCUGAAUGAUUUCAUGAAUUUAAUCUUGAAUGAGAAAACAGAUCCUAUGGUACGCGAAGCAGAUCUGUUAUUUCUGCGUAGUCUUUUUCGAGCUGAAGAUUUGGGCGCAGUGUUAGUACAAACUCCUCGAGAAAAAAUUGCCAUUCGAUGGUUUACAGUGAAAACGUUAGAAGUACUAAUCAAAUCACUAUUAAUUAAUCCUCCUGAUAUAGUCACUGAUGUCAACAACAACACCACCAACAGCAACAGUAGCUCGGUUUUGACAUCUCACAGUUCAGAGAUAACUAAUGCACUUGUAUUAACAGCAAAUGCAAGAUGUUCACUGAUUCAAAUUUUAUCUUUAUUGUCUACAAGUCCUGAAUUAGCUGAACGCUUGCAUUGUUGUAAUGCUAUGAAAUUAUGUCAUCAAACAAUUAUGUUCAUUUCGUGUAGACAUCGUCUCUGUACAAACAGUGAUCAGUUAAGAUCUUGUUCUAUGGAUCGUGGAAAGGCAUUAUGCAAUCGGAUCGGCUGUAAUCGUACAACUAAUCCGAGUAAUCAGUUGGCUGCUAAAUUUUCACUGAAGUUGAUGUUACAUCUGUUCUUUCACCUUCCAACUGCACUGGAUUCUUUUAAAAAGAUUUAUAAUGAAGAAGAACCGAUAAAACUGGUUGCUUGUUAUAGUCAUUUAACUGGAACUAUGCCCCCAGUUCUACCUAAUGUUUGUUAUUCAACACCACGUAAUCAACGUACUAAACGAAUUUUGAGUAACAACACUAGCACUGUGCCAACUGUAUCUACUAAUACUGCUAACACUGUAAUGAUGAAUAAUAAUAAUAAUUCUUCCGCUGGAUUGUCAAGUGAAUUUCAUCUUAGUGAUACUGCUCAACAAUUUCAUGAAAACUCUUUGGAUUCACUUUCAUCUCCUGACCGACAAUUAGGAUCUACAUGUCCUGUUGACAGUCGUGUUACUGUUUCAACGUGUUCUUGUGCACCGUUAGAUCAUGGAACAUUUGCAUUAACUGGUUUACUUAGGGGUUUAAUUUACUGGCGACUAGCUAAUCAACAUGCUAAUGCACAAACUGUUGAAGCUGUAGAUCAGUUUGGAACACAUGUAAUCACUUCUACAGGAUUAGGAAUUACUGGAGAUGAUAUCGCUUUACUGAUCAUUCAACCGCUUACUGAAAGUUGUCUUCAUUUAGAAGCAACACGUAUUAUGACAUGGGCUUGUCAUGUUCUAGUUCUUGUGUUGGAUAAGAGUCCAGAAUUGCAUAUGUGGACUGUAUAUACAAAUUCGUUUGUACGGGAAGUUGACUAUCGUGUUACAUCUUUGCUGAAAGCUGUUCAAGAAGCAUCAGAUUCCAUCCCCUUCACUUCUCAAAAGACAACUAGUGAACAGCAAACUUUUCCGCAAAGUCAUAUUCAAUUUCUGGAGCAUUUAAUUCCGUUGGUUAAACUGUUCUCUUGUCUGGCGUCUGGUCAUGAAUCCACCCGAGUACUUAUCGGUGAAUUGACAAUGUGCACCAAGUUGAUUGAUUUUGCAAUACGUUUAAAGUCACUAGGUGCUGAACAUGAGAAUCUUGUUCUGAAAUUUCAGUAUUCUGUGGUUGUCUUAUUGCAUGUUUUAUCUCGAUCGUUCAGCUUACAUCAUACAUUUUUCCGAAAUCAAACUAUUGGACAGUAUAUAUUGAAACUAAUCAAUGACAACUUGCCUAAUAUUACUGAAGGAUCUUAUUUAAGCGCAAAAUUGGUUGAAGCUGCUUCAUCAACCUUAGUAAAUCAAGUACUUCCAAUGUGUCCUUUAAAAGAACCUUUAGUUACUGAAUUCACCAACGUAUUUAUUCGUUUACUGACAAUUGGAAAUAUACCACCAGCUCAACAUCGUGAUGAUACCACCUUACCAUCGUCAUCAUCAUCAACAUCUUCAUUGCCUAGAGUUGUAUCGAUCAAUGAAUCAGCCAGCACCUCUGUUACAGGUUUUAAUACAAGUACCACUAGCAAAAAUAACAAGAAUAACGCUAGUUAUGCCAAUUCAACGCAUCCUUCAAUAACAAAAUCUAAGUCAGCUUCAAUCUCCCUAGCGGAUUCCACAAAUUCAAUGCAAGACAUUAUAUCCAUGUUACAUUUGAAUGGAGUUUGGGGUUUGAGUAAUCUGCUGCAUACAGCUAAUUCAACUGUUUGUAUGAAUCUUUUCUGUCAAUUAGUUGACAAAGGUAUAUGGUUAGAAUUGUUACAGUUGGCUUCAUCAAUACCGAAUUUAGAAUUCAAUUAUUCUUGUUAUACAAAAGAUGAAUGGGAAGCAAAUACUAAGAUGAAUAAUACUUUUGAAAUGAAUUCGUUGAAUAAAGUCCAAGUACCAGGAAUUACGGUUUCACGUGAAGACAAUGAAAUGAAAUGCAAUCAAAUAAGCAAGAUUAAUGAAGAAGGAGAGAAUAAUUAUAACGACAACGACAACGAUGAUGGUGAUGACAAUCAUUCGUCGAGGCAAAAGUAUCGUACAAAUUUAAAUUUAUUCAAUCGCUCGAAAAUUUAUCAUCGUACUACAACGACACAUCAGUAUAAUCAACAUCAACUGCCUUUGUCUAAUCCUCAUUCAAAAUUUAAACUUUCUAAAAAUGGUGCACAAAUUCAUAUAUUAAUUGUUUAUCAAACGCUUAGCUUCUUACGUAAUCUCUUUCGGGAUGAACAUGUUAUUGAUACUGUGGUUAACGAGCAUUGGUGGAAUAUCAUUCAGUUUAUAGUUGCUGUCUUGGAGUCGAAUUAUCCUCAACCUGUUAAAGAGCAAGCUGUACUUGUGGUGGCUCAUAUUGCUACUGGUCGAACUGCACGCUGUGAAGUUCAUCGUAAUGGAGAUUUAGUUGAAAAGCUUACAUUGUUCAUGCGUUCUCAAAACAGUUAUACAAAAGCUGCUGCAUUGACUGCAACUUAUAACCUUUUAGGCCUACAAACUGAAUGUCUAGAUUCUUGUGGAUUGUUAAGUGCAUUAAAAGUGAAACGUAAACCAUUCAUUUUAUCCCAUAGUAGACGUUUAAGAGUACAACAUCAUCGUCAUGAAUCUCAUCAUGGAAAAAAACAAGAUGUAGUCACUCAGUCAACAUCUUUAGGCUCUUCCAGUAUUAGUCGUCGUGAAGCAUCUACAUGUAUGGCUCAAAGUGCUUUAGAAGAAGCUGAAGAAGAAAAUGAAGAACAAGAUACAGUUAUAGAGCAUAGUGAUCUUACAGGUGAAAUUAUAUCUCAACAGACGUCUACAACUCCUCAAACUACUGAUGCGGGUAUAUCUUUCUCUAUCGAUGAUGAUGAUAAUAAUAAUAAUAAUAACAAUAAUAAUAAUACCGAUCAAACAAGAUUACGUACACUUCGAAGAAGAAGAUAUUAUCGAUCAUGGCAACAACCGACUUCCACGUCUGCUUCGGAUAACCGUGAGCUGUUAGAAAUAACUGAACAAGAAAGACAGUCAACUGAAGCAUCCACUGGAAUUACUCGAUCGCCUUCUCCACAUUCAAGAUCACCAUCAUCGUCAUCAUCAAGCACAUCAUCGACAUCUUCAUGUGCAGAAGGUGAAACUAGUGCAACAACUGAACUGACAAAUUUACAUCAUUCCGUUGCAGUUGAUAUGUGUGGAAUAUCAUCGCCUAGUUGUACUGACGAAGAUAUAGAAGAUAUGAAUCAACAUCCUGGCACUUUGAGUUCAUUAUCUCCUACUUUGACAAUAAGUGAUCGAGCUCCUUUAGCUGAUGAAGAGCGUGAUGAAGAUCGUGUUACUACAACAGAAAUGCAAACUUCAGGUAUAAUAGACUCUGAUCUGCUUAGUCCAAUGUCUUCACCUAGUCAAAAAUGUGAAUUAGGUUCAAAUCCAGAGGAUAUUUCAAGUACAGAAUGCUUUGAACUUAAUAGUCCAGAACAAACAGAUAAUAUACAAAGUACUUCUAACUAUAACAAUAAUCAUGAUAAUAUUCCAUCUACUUCUACACCAUCUCAAUCGACAUCAUCAUCAUCUUCACAUUCUCGACGAGAUUGGGAAGCAGGAUUUUGUCAAAUUCUAUUGCCUUUCUUACAAGAAUUAGAUUCUGAUCAAGUGCUGAGAAGUACAUGGGAUUGGUUAAUGCUAUGCGCUAAUAAAGAUGGUAAACCAGUGUUUCUUAACUCUUUAUUUCAUGCUUGGCAACGUUUAUAUACAAAUAUUCCAAAUUUAACAUCAAUACAAACAUCAAAAGUAGAUGUUAGUGGUGGUAGCACUAGUAAUAAUAUUACUGUCAAUGAAUUUCUCAGUAAAAUUAAAGAAUCUAUAGAGACAGGUGCAUCACCUAAUUCUCUACUGACUAAUUUACCAAGAUAUUGGGAGAAUCGACACCGUCAUCGAUGUCGACGUCAACAUCGACAUCAUUGUCAUCGUCGUCAUCGUGUACGUAGACAAAAUCCGAGUCAGUCUACAGAUCAACCUGAAUCAAUUAGUACAACUGAUACAGCUAUCACGAAUACACCAUUACCUCCAUCAACAUCAAAUGAAAAUCUCGAACAGAUUGAUUAA